CAACCAUUCACUUCCUGUUCAUCUUGUUAUGAAAUUUUACUAGUGCUGUGAGAAGUCAAGCAGUGAAAAAGUCGCCUGGUGGAUACUGAAAUUGGUAAAGUGAGGCUAAUUCCAAAAUCCAGUUUUUGAUCAAGAGUCUGAAGAAACAAAAAUCAGCACAGCUGAGGAGAGGAGUGAACAUGUCUGCCCAGGCAAACAGAGUGAUGGCUUUGUCAGAGUGGGAGGACAGGUGGCAAGAAGGAAAAAUUGGUUUCCACAAACCUCAUGUGCACAAGUUGCUGGAAAACAACUUAGACAAAAUCAUAUGUGGACGAAAGAGUGUUCCAUUAUUCUUCCCACUAUGUGGAAAAGCUGUAGACAUGAAAUGGUUGGCUGAUAUGGGUCACACGGUUGUUGGAGUUGAAAUUUCAGAAAAAGGAAUUAAACAAUUCUUUGAAGAUCAAAGUCUUGCAUACCAUGAAGAACCAGUACCAGCUAUUCCUGGAGCGAAGGUGUUCAAGAGUACGGAUGGAAAGAUCUCCAUCUAUCAGUGUGAUUUAUACAAGUUCUCCAGUGCCAUUGCAGGAAAGUUUGGAGGAAUAUGGGAUAGAGGAGCACUGGUGGCUAUAAAUCCAUGUGACAGGCCAAAGUAUGCUACUCUCCUUGUUUCCUUAAUGGACAGCAACUGCAGAUAUCUUGUGAGCACACUGGAAUAUAAUCCUGAGCUGUAUAAAGGUCCACCAUUUUUUGUAUCGGAAGAGAAUUUAAACAAUUUAUUUGGAGGGGCCUGUGACAUUGAAUUGCUUCAGUGUGUAGAUGGCUUUGAGGACAAACACAAAACAUGGGGACUGGAAUCAAUGACAGAAAAAGUGUACCUUCUCACUCCAAAGGCCCAAUGAUUAAUCGAUUGUAACCAAACGGAACAAUGGCAGUUGGCGGCGUAGCUGUCUGGAACAAUUUAUGCCCUUCUUAAUAACAAUUACAGCUGUCCCUGUAUUGCCCCUCUUUAAUUUAGAUUGGAAGAUCAUAAAAAGUAACCAUCCAAUGUAAUAAACCAAUAGAGUAUAACAGUAGGGUUAACAGAAGGAUAGCAAAUUGCAACAUCCUCUCAAUUUACCCUUUUUUCUUAUUUUGUAAUUGGGUAAAUACUUGCUUUAAUGGUUUAAUAAUUGAAAAAACUCAGUGUAAAGAUAUUUUAAUAAAGUAUGCUGAUUUUA